AGCAGUAAAGACAAUCUAGUCAUUGAAAGUAGUGACCGCAUUGACCAGAGUGCGAUUCCACAGUGUUUACUAUGGUACCCUCCUUUAACAAAAGAAAACUUUAUUCUUGUUGCCGAUGAUCAGUAUAAAAUGAAACUUUACAACACAACUACCAAAAUGUGCAGAAAGACCCUCUUGGGUCCAACGUUUGGAUCUCCUGUAAGGAAAAUGGAAUUGUUCCCUUCAAAUGAUCAAUAUGCAAGUAAAGGAUAUAUGGCAUAUAUCACAGAUGAUAAGGUCGGACUUCACAUCCUACCUAUUGAUGGAAACCCACACAAGUCUGUGGCUCUCAUUUGCCAUCCCAAUGGGGUAGCCAAUGUUGUCUGCUCACCUGAUGGGCAAUAUGUGUUUACUGCUGGAGGAAAUGAUUACACAGUUUUUAUGUGGAAAACAAACUUUCAGUCUUUGGAGGCUGUUGCUUCCCUUGGGGGUAAUGACUUAAUACCUUUCUAUGGGAUGCUGCCUGGGGGAAGAGAUGGA